AUGACUAACGGAUUUUUCCUUGUUAUUGCGAAGAAUAAUGAAAAUAAGAACUGGGUUUUUGAUAAUGGACCCUUUUUUAUGGGAGGUAAGGGUUUGUUUAUCAAAGAUUGGAAGCCAAAUUUUAAUCAACUUAAGGCCCAUCUAGAGGAGGUUCCAAUUUGGUUGAGGCUAUAUAAUCUAUCACGAGAGUAUUGGAAUGAAGAAACCUUUAUGAAUAUUGACAAUAAGAUGGGCUUCUACAUUAAAUCGGAUGAAGCUAUAGAGGCGAAGGACUUCAACAUGUAUGUUCGUAUUUGUAUUGGUUGGAAGCCUCAUUUCCCUUUGCCCAACACUAUAGAGAUCAACACUAAUGAAGGUUGUUGGCUACAAGAAGUUGAAGUUGAAGAAAACCUGGAAAGAUGUAAGUUGUGUGAAAAAGAGGGGCAUUCGGCAGAAAUAUGCUUUAUUGACCCUAAGAGAAAAUUUGUAGCUAUGAAUGACGUAGAUUCCCACUUUCAGACUAUGCAAGAGGAAGUGAAGGCUCGAUAG